CAUUUGUCUGAAUGUUGCUUUAUUUUUCAGUUUGUUUAUAAGUCACAAUGGAGAUUCUCAACUCACGAACCUCAUCUCAUUCUAACGUACCGAGACUGAUCUCAAAUCCUUAUGAGUUUAUCCAAAAUCAGAAAGAUGCAUUCAGAAUCAAGGAUAUUAAGGUGACGGAAGUGAAAACUGAGGAGGAUUUACUUCACGUCACAUCUCAGGAUAAACCUGACAUCCAUCAGGAGGACUACAUCCUACAGCUUCAGUACCACAUCAACGGCACGCGCGGACACUUCCUGUUGGUGGAUAACGAGGGAGUGGUCAGAACUAAUGGACAAAGCAAGGACCCCAGAACAUUCCUGAGAAUCAUUCAUAAUUUCACACAUCGUAAAGGAUUUUGUUAUCAGAUUGUGGGUUGGGGAACCUGCUAUAAUCAGCGGAUACUUUACAUGGAUGGCAUGACACUCAAAACAAGGCCGUACAACCCAUGUCAUGGAGACAUAAAUGACGACACAUAUUUUGCAUUCAGAACAAAAGGAAACAGUGACGACGGACAUUACGCCAUUUGUUCGUGGCCGGGGGACCCUCUUGUCUUUGACAAUCAGGGAAACUACCUUCCUCCCAGUAAUUUAUCACGUAACACCGACACCUCAUACCUGUUCAAGAUCCAGCUAGUGGAUCGUAUGAAGGUCACACCUGUGUAAUUUGUAAAUAAAACAUACACAUCACCAAUGCUGCCAGGGAGAGUGUCACAAAUGAAUCAAAUUUUGAGUAAUUUUUUUUCUUACUUGAAAAUGCUGUGAUAAUUUCUCAUAACAUCCCUCUACAGUACACAAAAAUAUAGAUAUGGGUACUCCAUACAACCAUAAUCAUGUUAAUAAAAUGUCUACAGAUAUUUUUAAAAUCAAAUUACUAUGAGAUUGACCGUUCUAGUCAAAUCCUUAACAACAAAUAACACCUCCAGUCCUACUAAUCCUUGCCAUUAAACAAACACAUUCAUUUCAUGAAGACAAAAAGUACAUCUACUUGCAUGUUAUUUAUUUAUUCUUUUUGCCAUGUGAGUUGAGUUUUAUAUUUAAUUUAUUCUUCUUCUAUGUGGGGUUAUACUGUAUAUUAUUCUCAUGCAAUUGUUUUGUAAAACAAGUUUCGAUUGGCUAAUGCACUGAUGUUUGAAGCAGUAAAACAAGCAUUAACGUGAGUGAAAGCCUUUCAUUGUGACAUCAUAAUAGAGCUACGCAAAAACACAACGCUCCCUGACAUAUUUUAUAGAAGGAAACUCAACAAAAAAAGACAAAAAAAACAAACUAAAUGCAUGGAUUGCAUAAAAAUGGGAAUAACGCAUCCCCCGGUAAAACUCUUCAUUAACCUCUCUCUCAACAGAAUAUGUUCUUGACUCUUUGUCAUUCACUCAUUAUUGAAAUCCUAGUAUUUAUUAUACAGAUUUUUUCCUAAAUAUUGUCUCUUUUUUUUUAUCAUUUUCAUCAUGUUAAAAUUUCAAAUUCUUUCAAAGUCAUGGACUCCUUAAGAGCUGGUAUAACCUCUGGAGAAAUUAUCCAAGUCUUCUCCAUUUGUUGUGAUUGUACAGGCGAGUCUUCAUAUUUAUUUUAACCAUUCAGGUUGUUUUGUUUUUUUUCAUCAUGACAUUACUUGAUAAAUGUAAAUAUUAAAUGUUGUGUGAAAUGAAUGUGUUGUUGUGAGAUGAGUUUACAUUUUACAAAUUUAAAAUCAAAAUAUAUUUCUUUAAAUCUUAUGUUCAAAAGACUUGGUUCAUUACAUCUGAUUCGGUGUAUAAAUGUAUUUACAUUUUUUUUUCUUAUAAAUAUAUGUAUGACCUUUGCAAUUUUCAUAUUUUCAAAGUAUAUUUUGGAUUUCUGGUUAUCAAAUGACAUAGAAUUGGUACACUCAGCAUAAUGUUAUAAAUUAGAUGACCUGAAACAUUAAUCAUGUCUUCAGAUUUUUGUUGUUAUGUACAAAGGGAAGUAAUAAAUCUAGAAAAAAAAAUUUA